GAAAAGCCAUCAUGACAACUUUGACCAUGAACACCCUCACAGCAUUUCUCAGCAUCGUUUCGCUUGCAUCGGCCCAGAGCAGUGCCUCGUCCAGUACCGGGUUACAGUCGCCUACUUCAACGUACUCGCAACCCAACGUGCCUACCGGUACUGUCAUCUCUGGUGACUACGAUGGUGCACUGCGUCCUCAAGUCCACUUCAGUCCACCAAAUGGGUUCAUGAAUGAUCCCAAUGGCAUGUUCGUCGAUGAGAAUGGAACCUACCACCUUUACUACCAGUACAACCCGACAGCUAAUAUUGCUGGCAACCAACAUUGGGGCCAUGCCACAAGCGAUGAUGGCUACACAUGGACCAAUCAGCCAAUUGCAAUUUUCCCAGGGGGACCUACGGAAGGCAUAUUCUCUGGCUCCUCUGUAGUGGACGCGAACAACACAUCUGGUUUCUUCCCCAACCAGACUAACGGUGUCGUUGCUGUCUACACAGUCAACCGGCCGGAAGACCAGACGCAGCAUAUCGCGUACUCGCACGAUGGCGGGUACACCUUCACUAAGUAUGAAGCUAAUCCCGUCAUUGCGCCCGGUGGUACCAACCCUACUCAAUUCCGCGACCCCAAAGUUAUCUGGUACGAGGGUACUGAGCGCUGGGUCAUGGUCGUGGCAUACCCCAUUGACUUCAAGAUUGGCAUCUUCUCCAGCCCUAACCUUAUUGACUGGAAACCGGAGAGCAACUUCUCGCAUUACGGUGUCGUUGGUUUGCAGUACGAAUGCCCUAAUCUGGUUGAGAUGCCCGUCCACGGAAACUCCACGGUCGAUGAGCCGUUGUACACCAUGCUCAUCUCAAUCAACCCUGGUGCGCCUCUCGGUGGUUCAGUUACGGAGUACUUCGUUGGUACUUUCAACGGAACGCACUUUGAUCCUCUCGACCCCCAGACCCGUUUCACAGACUUUGCGAAGGACAACUACGCUGCCCAGUUCUACUACGGCACCGCAGCCGAUGCGGACCCGGUUUCAGUGGGCUGGGCUUCCAAUUGGCAAUAUACGAAUGUUCUUCCAACCGCAGGUGAGGAGGUUGGCGACGGUUUCCGCAGUGUCAUGACCAUACCUCGCGGCCAUUACCUCAAGGACUUGCCACGAUACGGCCUGACUCUGAUUUCCUACCCGUGGAACAUCAUGUCCAUUGUAGAAUCCGAGCUCGCUUCCAACGAUUCCUUAGGCAAUGGCACAGUCAUGGUUGACUACUCCAAGGUCAAGUCCGGAGCAUUGUACUUCGAAGCCAAUGUGACCGGUCUCGCAACAGACAAGCUCGGCGGAACACUCAACUUCACAUUCACAUCUUCGAAGACAGGCGAAUCUGUCUCUGGAGGCACGUGGCUCUCCGGCGAUUUGUGGCUCGAUCGUGGAGAAACCGAUGGCUUCAAAAACCCUUUCUUCACGGACAAGUUCUCAGCUACUGGUCUGUUUAACCCAGCAGAAGGCUCAUGGAAGCUCUCAGGAGUCAUCGACCGCAGCAUCAUCGAGAUCUUCUUGAACGGCGGCGAGUUGAGCGCAACAAGCGUCUUCUUCCCCAGUGCUCCGUUGGACACAAUGGAAGUGGCGACUACAGGCCUCCACCCGGAUGCGAAGGUGAGUGUGGGUGUGUGGGCUCUACAAGCCGCAUGGCUGAACCAGGCGGACGCGAAUGGCAUCGUGCCCAGCAAAAAUGGCACGAACUCGACUCAGUAUGCGGGCAAGAGGCUGUUGUAAACCUGGCUGCUAUAGAUAAUCAAUAACUACGGUCUUCCUGAUCCAA